AUGGCUGGCACCAACCUGCCACUGUCUGCUCUGCAGAGAACAACAUACCCGAGCAAUUGUCUCCAGUUUCUGAAACGAUUCAGUGCUGCAGAGGCCAAUUCUCCCGGCCAAAUCACCUUGAAGAUCAUCAUCGUUGGAGCGGGGCUUGGGGGAUUAUCAACUGCCAUCGCCCUCGCCACACAAGGACACCAAGUGACCAUCUACGAACAAGCGCCAGAGCUUGGAGAAGUCGGCGCAGGGAUCCAAAUCCCUCCAAAUUCCGCGCGUCUACUGAUCAAGCUGGGCGUUGGCCCAUAUCUCGCAAAAUGCGCAACCGAGCCGGAAGGCAUGACCUUUCGUCGGUGGGAGAAUGGACAGCCCAUUGGAUACACGCAGCUAAUCCCUGGCUUCCGCCAGACGUUCGAUGCCCCGUACUAUGUCAUUCACCGAGCGGAUUUUCAUUCGGCUCUAGUCCAGCGCGCCCGCGAUCUGGGGAUCGAGAUUAAGCUCGGGUGCAAGGCUGUCGACUAUGAUCUGAGCGGGCCCGGAAUCCAGCUUGAAUCGGGCGAGUGCUUUGAAGCAGACCUUGUCGUGGCAGCGGAUGGAAUCAAGUCGCUGGCUCGAUCGCUAGUUGACAAGGGUUCAGAGAAGCCAGUGGAAACACUGGGGUUUGCUGCUUACCGUGCAACUGUCGACGUUGGCCUUUUGAAGGAAGACCCCGACACGGCGUGGCUGCUGGAGAAGCCGGCCCUCAAUAUAUGGUUGAUCGGGGACAAGCGACAUGUGAUGACAUACACGAUAGGGACGGGAAAGUCUUUUAACAUGGUUCUUUCCCAUUGGGACCCCCGGGACCCGGCAACGUGGGACCAAAGGACUGCUUUGGAGGAUAUGCGACGCGAGUUUACCGGUUGGGAUCCUCGAUUAACAAAAACCAUCGGCAUGAUCAAAAAGACGACCAAGUGGCCCUUGGUCAGCAGUACCCCGCUCUCCAAGUGGUUCUCGGGAAAUGUCGUUGUCCUGGGAGACGCUGCGCAUGCGAUGCUGCCGUACAUGUCACAAGGUGCCGCAAUGGCAGUCGAGGACGGCGUUGCAUUAGCGCGCGCCCUAGGCAAUAUCUCAUCCAAGACUGAUAUCGCACAGGCCCUGGAAGUCUUCGAGGAAGUCCGCGCAGGACGAACAAGAAUGAUGCAGGGCGCAAGUUUGCUUAAUGGACAGCUGUGGCACUUUCCCGAUGGGCCGCUGCAGCAGGCGCGCGACGAGGCUAUGAGGCCAGAGACGCAGGGGAUCCCAUUCUCACACAGCCCGAACCAGUGGAGUGACCCGGCGACUCAAAUGUGGGCGUAUGGGUAUGAUACCGAGAAGGAGAUUGAUGAGGCUUUUCGCCGGAGGAAGGGCAACGACUGA